AUGUCCUCCGGUAAAGGCCAACGAGAGGCCGUGUUCCCCACGCGUCAGGUCCUCGGCACCACCAAGACCCGUCUCAAGGGAGCACAGACGGGCCACUCUUUGCUCAAGAAGAAAGCCGACGCACUCACGAAACGAUUCCGCACCAUCACGCACAAGAUCGACGAAGCCAAGCGCAAGAUGGGCAAAGUGAUGCAGCAGGCCUCGUUCAGCCUCGCCGAGGUGCAGUAUGCUACGGGCGACAUCGGCUACGUUGUGCAAGAGUCGGUCAAGUCGGCCAGCUUCAGGGUGCGCGCCAAGCAGGAAAACGUGUCGGGUGUCAUCCUGCCUGCCUUCGAGGCGGAUAUCAAGGACAAGUCUAGUGGAUCGCAGGGGGGUAGCGAGUUUGCCCUGACGGGUCUCAGCAGGGGUGGACAGCAGGUCAACAAGGCGCGCGAGGUGUAUACGCAGGCUUUGAAGGUGCUGGUCGAGUUGGCCAGUCUGCAGACGGCCUUUGUGAUUCUCGACGAAGUCAUCCGCAUGACGAACCGCAGAGUCAAUGCCAUCGAGCACGUCAUCAUCCCCAGGUUGGAGAACACGAUCAGCUAUAUCGUUUCUGAACUCGACGAGGCGGAUCGUGAAGAGUUCUUCAGGUUGAAAAAGGUGCAGGCCAAGAAGAAGGAGAAGGCUCAAGCUAGCGAUAGGCAGCGUCUCAAGGCUCAGCAGGAUAAAGAGGAGGAGGGCCAAGACGAAGAAGGUGACAGCAAUGGUGACGAGGAGGAGCCAAGCGAAACCAGGGACGCUGCCGUCGAAUCGACUGCAUCGAGCAAGAAGAAGAACAAGAAGAAGAAGAACAAAGCGGCCGCUCCAGCGACGACGACGGCCGACGACCAGGAGGGCAGUAAAGAUCUGCUGUCCGGUGGCAAGGACGAAGAUGUCAUCUUCUGA